AUGGCGCCGCAGCAGCCCACCAGCAACACCCCAAUCUUCAAUCUCGACUUCUCUCAGUUCCCAGCGACACCGCUCAAUCGCAGUUCGCAGCACCGCCCAGCUAUAUCCUCACCUCUCUCCUCCUCCCCGAUCCGGGCGUCCCAGAGCAGUCCCAUACACCACGGUGGAUCAUCGUCAUCACCCCCACUCUCGCCACGAGACAUCAACGCGCUCCCACGCGGUCACGUCCAGUCAUCGCCCGCGCAGUGCUCGUUCUCGUCGAUUUUCUCACCUGCGGCCAGCACCCCCGCUGGCUUAUCAAACAACAGCAGCAACCGCUUCUCCAAGUACGCCUCGCGCAGCACAAAGCCGAAUCCUCUGCGGCAGUCUCGCGAGAAUGCCCAGGACAGUCGGCGGAAACUGUUUCUCAAGAAUGUGCGCCAGCGCGCGGACGACAAGAGCUGGGAGCGGCGUGGUGGUGAUCAAGAGGUCCUCAGGCUAGAAUGGGCCGUUUUGGACAGGAAAUGGCGCGAGCAAAAGGACUCUGAUGUGGACGGCAUUCUAUUCGAAGAUGAUAUCGAUGAGUUCCAGCAGCUCACCACGGGACAGCACUCCACCGCGACGAGAGACGGCUACUAUUCUGCACACACGGAUAGCAUGGAGCCCGAUGAGAUGAUGGCUGACGCCAUGGCCCUCGAAGAACAGCGCGAGCUUGACGCCAUGCUCUCACUUCUCGAGCCAGAGCGACCCAUGUCAAUGGAGACGGCCACCUCUCAUGCGCAGAGCCAGAGCUCCGGCGGUGAAAGGCCAAACUCGCCAUUGAUGCUGUCCGACGACGAGUACGAUGAUCUCUUUAUGGACUUGGCCUCGGAAGAACAUGUGGGCGGGGUUGGUCCUGGCGGAAAUGGCGGCGCAUGGCCAUCAUUCUCACAAAUGAGUCAUGCGGCCACCCAAGAAUUUGCAUGCUCGGGUGAGAUGGACAUGUCGUGA